UAAAGGCGUAAAAAUUGUGUGCAGUGUUUUAUAUUUUGUACUUACAAAGGUCAGGUUUUUUGAUUUUGGAAAAAUCAGGUUGUUGUGACUGGAAGGUUUGUCUGCUAAUGUCUGUGCACUUACUGGCGCCAUUACGAACAUCAGAUCGAAGCCUUGUUCUGGCCACACCGCGGUGUGCGCAAACAUAAUUAAAUUGUGGUUGCACUGGAUUCUGCUAAAAUGGGACGUCUCAGUCUGCGCACGUAUUAACAACACCCUUAUCAGAAUGCAGGGGAUUGAAAUCUCAGCAACCCUCUAAAGAAGUGAGCUCCGCUAAUUGGACCUAAUGGGAAAUUGUUUAUCUCCUUUUUUAGCCAAUGGUAUAUGUUUAUCUCUGACUCGUGGUUACGCUAUCUAUCCACAGCAUCGCAUUACUCGUUGUUUGUGCCGGUAUUCCUCGAUCCCGAUCCACCCAGCAUCUCGUAUGUGUGUGAGCCUGUACAAAACAGUUUUCACUAAAGAACUGUUUGUGGAGCGGCGCGUACGCGAAACCUCUUCCUUAAUUGUCCCCUAUUAGAAGGUUAAGAGGCAGACGCGCGAGGUGCGUAAUGCGAAGCUUUACAAGACAACUGGGCGCUCAACGCGCACGGCGCGGAUCAUCACCAUUGUACAGCACAGCCUGGACCAGGAUUGCUCAUUUAAUAGUAAUCUCCUGAGAUAUGGGGCGUCAUCGCAGGACAGAGAAGCUUUAUAUAUCUAUAUAAUCACGGGAUGAACCGCGGAAUCCUGACAGCGGACGGCGUCUAUGCUGCGCAGUACUCUACAUACAGUGCUCAUUUUCGAACAUCUUUUAGGCAUAAUAACUGUGGCAGGUGUGCCAGUACAGUACAUUGUUACGUUCAGAACUGCGAAGUCAGUUUUUUCGUGGUAACAUGUAAGUGUAUGUGAGGAUGGCAUUAACUGAAAUUACGGUCAUAGUUUGAUAUUGGAUUGGAUGCUGUUUAAUCUUCCGAUACAGAUACAUAUAUACCGAGUGCAAAAAUUUCCUUGUCGCUUGAUAAGCACGCGACUGCUUGAACUUUCAAUUAACCAGCAAAAAGAAAAUCCACAAAGCGGACGCGCGCGUAGGUAAUCGCUAACCGGAAAAAGCCCAGGCUGAAUGUGUAAUGGGAAAGGCAGUGACGUCGCAUCGUUAGCGUACUGCUGGCUGGAUUGUCCCUGUGGGUCGUGCGAGACAUUCCCAGUAAAUCUCAUAAUCUAAUCGCCCCGAGAAACUGCUUUCCCAAUCAUGGAGGAAUACCCGAGUUAUUACUACAUGGCCGACAAUGCUUCGGAAUUAUUAGCCGACAGCAUCUACAAUGAGCUAAUGCACACGUACAACAAUGGUACAUUCUUGACCUUUAUUGUACUGCUACUGGGACUGGUCACGAAUUUCGGCUUCCUCUGGUUGCUGGUGCGACGACCACUGCACAAUAAUUCCCGAUUACGACCGUUUCUCAUCAACCUAGCAGUGGCCGAUCUGACAGUGUGCUUCUUUACCAUUUCCUUGGAAUUAGGGUGGCGGUUAACCAUUCGCUGGACGGCCGGCGACCUCGGCUGCCGAUUUUUCAGCACGACAAAGACCAUUGGAUUGUAUUCGGAGGCGUUUGUCGUCCUGGCCAUGUCACUGGAUCGGUGCUACGUUGUGAUGUUUCCAUUGAGGCGCACGGCGCCGGCAAAACGGCGAAGAAUUUUGCUAUCGGUAUCGUGGGCAGCAGCGGUCAUAUUCAGUUUACCACAGGGAUUUAUUUUCCAUCUGGAAUACCAUCCGGACGUCCCGGAGUUUGCCCAGUGUGUGACCUUAAAUACGUUUCCCGAUGAGCGCUACGACAAAGCCUAUGUCAUUAUCGCCAUGUUGCUGAUGUAUGUCAUACCGCUAAUUAUCAUCCUCAUUGUCAGUAUUCUCCUCUUGUGGACUAUCCGCAAGCCAGCAGCCGCUCAUAGCAGUAUAACCAACGAGAACUCCAUUUCCGGUAUAUGUUCGGACACGUACAGUACCAACGAGUCAAUUGUUGAUCAGGCGCCUUCACCAAAGUUUAUUGCCGGUCCACCGCGUGCAUCCCGGAAGACUGGUCUAUCACCGGUUCCGUCGCCUAAUAGUGUGGAUAGUAGUUCCCUGAAACCACUACGGACCCGGCUGAAUACCGGUCUGCAGUUGUGCCACUCUGACACGGUGGUGCGACGCCGAGCACGUUCGCGCACUCUUAAGCUGUCCAUUUUAAUUGUCGUGGCAUUCAUUCUCUGCUAUACACCCUACACGGCCAUGAUCACGACGGCCUUCGUCAGUGAUAGUCGCAUGGAGGAUACGUUGCAGGGUGGUGUGGACUCGCAGAUAAUGGAGGCCUUAUUAAUGCUCUCCUUGAGUUUCAGCACCAUUAUGAACCCGCUCGUGUAUGGCUGCUAUAUGCUCCAUACUCGUCGCUGUCACUUAAAACCGUGGUGGAAAAAAUGCUUGCAACGGCGCGCGCAUGUGGUGUAAUCACUUAACUGAGUUGCUCGUGCGACCUUUUGUUGUAGCUGUGUCGAUUUUUUUGUGGCGACAUCGUCUUACCUUUGAUAAAACGUCAGAGUUGUUUGAUAUAUUUCCAAAAACACCGACUUAAUAGUGUUUUUCUGAGUGGCUAGAAAUUAUUAUCAUUACUAUAUUAUUACAUCAAAAUGAUACCUACUACAGUUAUUUUUUCAUGCAUACGUGGAUACAAUAAUCUGGUGAUCUUGGCAUUGAACUUCUUAUGCACUGAAU